AUGUUGGCUGGUGCUAUUGGUCAGAUUCCUCCAGUGAAUGCGGGUAACCGAAACGGGGAUGAUGAUGAGUAUCGUGCUUUAGGGAGAUUCCAGAGGAACAAUCCUCCUGUCUUUGAAGGUGAACAUGAACCAGAUAAAGCUCAAGCUUGGCUGAAGGCGAUUGAGAAGAUCUUCAGAGUUAUGAACUGUAAUGAUGCUCAGAAAGUGCAGUUUGGUACUCAUAUGCUAGAAAAGGAAGCUGAAGAUUGGUGGAACAAUACUCUUCAGAGGUUUGAAGAAGAUGGCAUUGAGGUUACGUGGGAUCUUUUCCGUGAUGUCUUUUUAGAGAACUAUUUUCCUGAAGAUUGUUGUGGGAAGAAAGAGGUGGAGUUCCUUGAGUUAAAGCAAGGAAAUGGUACUGUUGCUGUUUAUGCCGCUAAAUUUCAGGAACUUAUCAAGUAUUGUCCCCACUAUAAUAUUGCUAAUGCUGAGAGAUCUAAAUGUUUGAAGUUUGUGAAUGAUAGUAGAGAGAGUGCUUCUCUCUACAAGAGUUUGAAAGGAAAGAAUCAGGAUCAUGGGAAACCGGUCAUAAAGCUGCUGAGUGCAAGAAAGAGGUUACUACUUGUUUCAAGUGCGGAAAGUAUGGUCACAUAG